UCCUAGGUUGAAUAGUUUAUAUAGAAAUAAUAAUUAUGCAGAUUACAAAAGCCAAUUCCCCCAAAGCAACCAGUACAUCUAAAAGCAUCGCUAAACCUGCCAAUCUAUCAAACAUAAAGAAAGAAGAGUUAGUUAGGCUCAUGAUGCAGUCUUUGAUAGAUCUUGGUUAUCAAAAUACAGCAACUUGCUUACAAGCAGAAUCUGGCAUCUCUUUGGAAUCUGAUAUUGUAUCUCACUUUCGCUCAAGUAUUCUCAAUGGCGACUGGUUUCUCGCCGAGACGUUAUUAAGUGAUAUGCCCUUUGUGAAUCAUAGUCCAAACGUGAUAGCCAAAGUGCAGUUCUUGAUUCGACAGCAAAAGUUCCUCGAGCUACUCGAGCAAAAUGAGACAAUGAAAGCUCUUUAUGUAUUAAGAAAUGAAAUAACACCAUUGGGAGAAAAUACAGAUCGACUUCAUCAGCUAUCUAGUCUUGUUUUGUGUUCAUCAAUAGAGGAUGUCAUGGCUCAAGCACAAUGGGAUGGAACAAAGGGAAGUUCAAGGGAACAAUUGUUGAUUGAACUGCAAGAUUAUAUUGAAUCUUCGGCAAUGAUACCAAAGCACAGAUUGUUGAGUUUAAUCAACCAAGCGAUUGAGUGGCAGAAACGACAGUGUCUUUAUCACAAUCCAAGAAGAGAUAUGGACUUUUCUCUGUUUUCGGAUCACGUUUGCGAUAGAGACGUCUUUCCGUCCCAUAUGGUCAAAGUACUACAUGGGCAUAUAGAUGAAAUAUGGCAUGUCGCUUAUUCAAAUAAUGGAAAAUAUCUUGCCUCCGUUUCAAAAGACAAAUCGUGCAUUAUAUGGGAUAUGGAGCUAUUGGAACAGAUGCAAUCUUUUAGAAGUGAAGUAAGCGGAUCUUACUGCGCUUGGUCUCCGGAUGAUUCAAAACUACUCGUCUGCGGUACAGAUAAUGCAGUCAGACUAUGGGAUCCCCUGAAUGGUGUCUUGUUACAUACAUUCACUCAACAUAAAGAUCAAGUGACAAGUGCUGUAUGGCUUCCAGAUAACGAACACUUUAUCACGGGUGCAUGUGAAAAAGUGAUGUGUCUUUGGAAUGUGGAUAAUGGUUCACCCAUUGCGCGAUGGCCUGCUCAGCGUACGACAGACAUGAAGAUCACCAAAGACGGCAAAAGGUUGGUGACGAUCGGAUUGGAUAAAUGUAUUACCACAUAUGAUGUCGAUGGUCUAAGGAUCACUGAAGUAGCCAAGAUCACAGAAGAAGGAACUAUCACGUCACUUUCAAUCACAAAGGAUGGUAAAUUCGCACUUGUCAAUAUCCAGGAUGUGCAAGAAGUACAUUUAUGGGACUUGGAUGCACAGAGAUUGGUUCAUACAUACACUGGACAAAGACAGAAUGAAUAUAUCAUUCGAUCUACAAUAGGAGGAACAGAUGAAUCACUUAUUUUAAGCGGCAGUGAAGAUAAUCGUGUCUACAUUUGGAGUCGCGAUCAUGAAACAUUAUUGGAAGCAUUGGAAGGACAUGACAACACGGUAAAUUGUAUUAGUUGGCGUCCGACUGAACCAAUGCAGUAUGUAUCUGCAGGAGAUGAUCAUACAAUCCGAGUUUGGGGAGCAAAGAGGGUCUAAUGCAUUUUUUUUGUCUAAAAUAAAAAUUAUUCUGGCUGGGCGCAUUAUUUAUUGCAGAAAUUCUACGAAAUAUAUUACGU